CCCAUUAUUACGAAACGUGUAGUACGAGCUCUCGUAGACCCCGCGCGCGCGCAGUGGUAACUAUAACUCGUACCAGUAUUAAAUUUUGUGAACAGAUUUCUACCUUCCUCCACCCUUCAUUUCGAGAUUACAACAUGGCAAAAUGAUGGAGCUGUUCACUUCGGUUGGAUCAAUUGCAAAGAGGCGUUGUAGUAAUAGAGAAGUCGUCGUUUCCAUCGCAUAUCUGGUAUUUGCUCUCUGUAUUUUUGUUUUGUCAAAAGAAUUCCAUUUGCUGAAUGGAACCGCGGAGAUUAGUGGAGUUUUUGAUGAUGCAAUUAAAGACAGAUCAAAAAAUCUAACCAAAAGUUAUGAGCUUGACUAUGAAAGUUGUAAAGCAAGUGGCGUUGAUAGCCUCGUGCCAGAGAACUGGUGCUUGGACUCUAACAACGUCCCCCGAUAUGUCGGUAAGGAAGACUGGCCUCCAAGAAACAUCCAUCGAUACACUCAUGGUGGAUACGAAAAAUGUUUGGGGAACAAGACUUUGGUGUUUAUAGGGGAUUCUCGAGUUCGGUAUCAAUUCAUGUCUCUUGCUUCGUAUCUGCAAUCAAAAGAGUUCAUGAAGUGCGAAGACUAUUCGAUGAUUGCAGAAGCAAAAAACAUCACAUUUUCACCUGAUCCAAAAUGUUUUUUGGUGAACGAAAGAUUUUUAAACAUUUCUUGGAAUCAAUGGUAUGAGGAUACCACUGCCGAGUUUCCAGGGAGUCUAUGCGACUGUUAUCGAAGCAACAAGAAGGGAUUCAAACCAGAUUCAACCUUCGAAAAUAGAUUUUUCAAGAAACCAACUCCUUUUGGUGAGAUCACCCUGGUGUACAUUCAAAACUUUCUUGAUGACGUUACCAUGAACAAGCACUUCCCACCAUUUACUUCCUUCGAGCCGAAUCCACAGCGCUGCAAGCCUGGUAAUUGCUUGGAUAGAACAAUUGGUUUUCAAGGAAAUUUAAGCGCAAUACUAUGGAACAUUGUCCCUAAAUUCAAUCCGACACAUGUGUUCGCCAAUAGUGGAUGGACGUUUGUGGACUACUCUUGUGAAGUUCGGGACUUUUCAAGGCAUUAUCCUGGUAUCAAAUCAUAUUUAAUCAGCCAUCCAUCCAUGUUGGAAAAAGUUUACAAUCCAUCUCUAGAAUUUGAUGCAACAAAACUACAAUGCGACAGUGAUUUGAUUGAUCGUACCGCCAUGACCAAAAAUGUGCCGAAGAAUUGGUACUGGGAUCGGGCGCAUGUGCUCAGUAUCUUAAACGAAGAAUGGAAUCACUUGUUGGUGGGAAAAAUUUGCCCGAUCAAAACAUACUACUAAUAUUCCGUGAACGUAUUUGAAACAAGACAUUAUUUUUUAUCUUAGUUGUUCAUUUUUUCUCAAAAGUAGCUGCUCACCGAUAGUCAAACCCAGUACUGCAUAUCGAUAUUCUUUCCGAUUUAUCAUUUGUAUGCAAAUAGAUUCAGGAUUAGAUU